GCAGACACUUCUUUUGGUGGAUAAUGGUCGUAGUUGUCCCUUAAGUUGUUCUGUUUUAAGUCUAUUGUUGGCAUUUAUUGUCUAAUGAACUCAUUGCAUCAGACUUAUAUUCUGCUUCGCUUUCAUUUUUAAAUUAAGAAAUAGAAAAAAAAAGGAACGCUAUCUCAUAGGUGACAUUAUGGAUAUAGAAAUGAAUUCUUUUUGUGCAUAUGCUCUUUCAAACUUCUUGAUUUAUAAAAGAAAAGGAUACUAAUGUCCCUGAAUCUCUGCAUUCAGUUAGUAUGGUUCUAAAAUAUGACCAAGCCUUGUUCAAACUUCAUAUUGUAAUAACAGAUAGAUGGUAAUUCAUGUAUAAUGCCUCCAAUCUCCAAUACACACACAUAUAUGUAUAUAUUUGUUUCAUGUCAUGUGAUUAGCAGAAGGAGAAUGUGGUAUUCUCGUGGGUAGUUACUAUUCCAAGACAGUAAAGAAUCACCCAUCCAUUUAUUUUAUUCAUUUAUUUACCUAUUUAGCUAUUUUGGUGCUAUUUGAUAGACAGAGUACCCUUCUUGUAUGUAUGCUUGGCUUGCAUAUGAUGUUGUAUUGCUUUUGUGAAGGUUUUUAAAGGGAGCCUCAAGCAUUGAUCAACAUAUGUAUGCAGAACCAUUUGAAAGAAAUUUACCUGUAAGAGCCACUGUAUACUAAUCCUUUUGUCCUUCAGUUUUGCAAUUGUGGAUCUCCAGCAUCUACUUCCUCAUAUUUUGAUUUCUAUGAAUUUCUUUCUUUGCAUGCUACACCAAGUUUAAGCCAUUUAUUUUGCAACCAACUCACCGACAUGCCAAAAACUUAAGAUAUUAGGUGGAGAUACACGAAUAUUUUUAUUGUAACAACAAUGAACUCUUAAUAGUAGAGUCCAGCAUCAUCGAUUUUCCUAUGUAACCAAAAAAAGAGUCCAGCAUCAGUUAGGAGAAAGAAAUAUUAUGUGAGUUCUCUCUCUUAAUAACACUUACUAUUUAUUAACACUUCUAUCUCCAAUAUUUUCUUUUCCUCAUGAUCUCCUUUAUGCCCACUCCCUCCCUCCCUCCCUCCCUCUCUCUCUCUCUCUCUCUUUUUCUCUCCCCACAUAUUGCUUGCUCACCCUUGGUUGAUGAAUAAUUCUUCCAAUCCAGAAGUGAUAUUGGCUUUCAUGGUCUGAAAACCACUCCCUCCUUUGAAGCAAUAAACUUCUUUUGUAGUUGGAGAAUGAGUAGUGCUUCUGGGACUGUUCAGUGCUUGGAAUGUCUCAUUUCUUGGAUAUCCUGCCUGAGCUGUCCUACCUUAUUCUCAAGCUCUGGAGAAGUUUGCCCCACAUAUUCAACAGGAUAGGUUUACAGAUUUUUCAAUCAAAAGCUGCUGCAAUGAGAUCCUGCGGUGAUGCUAUUGCUACAAUCAAUUCCCGCCUUUCAAAAAAGCCUCCGAAGGUUCUAGCAUCUCUGCCACCUCAGAAGGAGGCGUCCGAAAUGAAGACAACAACAACAACAACAAGGUGCUGAAAAUGAAGGAGAAGGAAGACGAGGAGGGUUCCAACGGAUCAAGUUCCCAGAAUGUUCUUGAUUUCGUGAAUCUCUCCAAAGAUGAUUCUGUUUGUGGGUCGGUGCAAGAGCUUGAUUUUUUCAACUUGGGGAAAACCGCGGUGGGUUCAUCAUCAUCAAGCCGGGCUAAUAACAAUGACAUCAACGACGGUGAAGGCAGAGACGAGGAGAAAACCUCUGAAUCGAAGACUUUCUCUUGUAACUUUUGCAAGAGGCAGUUUUCUUCGUCACAAGCCCUCGGAGGACAUCAGAAUGCCCACAAGCCUGAACGCGCACUUGCAAAGCGUAGACAAGAGCUUCACAACGCUGGUGCUUUUUGCCACCCUCAUUUUCCUUAUUACACUUAUCCUAGUCUCUCAACAUCCCCUUAUUAUGGAUCUUAUAGCAAAGCACUUGGGAUUAGGAGGGAUUCCAUGAUUCACAAGCCAGCCUAUCCUCUCACCCCACCUGGCUUCAGGUUUGGUCAAGGUGCUUCUGCUUGGUCAUCAAUGCAAGACAUGUUGAACAUUUCUUCUCUUGAUAGAUUGAGGAUGGGUCCUGGUUUGAAUCCAAAUAUUGGAGUUGGGAUUCUAGGAAAUGGAGGUUCAAUUAGUGCACCACCACCUUUGAAGGUAGAAGAUGAGGGUAGUAGAACUGCUGGAACCACUCUCCAAUUUGGAGAAUCUUCUGCAAAUGCUGCUGCAAGGUCAAACACAACCCUGGACAAGUCAACUCUGGUUACCACUGGUGAACAUCAUCAGUCCAACGUUGAAGAACCUGACCCUUCUGGGCUUGAUUUGUCUCUUAAACUUUAAAGUUAUUAACUGUUAUCAAUUUUCUUUGUGAUUGCUACACUCCAGUUUGAGUUUUUGCGUAUUUUAUGUUUUUUUAUUAGCUGUCAAAUUCUAUAAUUUGAAAUGCCAUUUUUAGAGUUAAUCGCAGGCAUAUUUUGUUUCCCUUUUCCCCUUA